UUUAUUGAUUAAUAUCUAAUAUAUGGACGUAGUCCGCCUAAUUUCACUGGCUUUGUUGGCUAUUGUUCUAUUUGUUUUGAUGGAUGCUGUACCGUACGCCACGCCGUACUAACCGUACCGUUUCCCAAAAUUCCUGCAACCAUCAGGAGGCCGGUCGCCGGUAGUAACAUUUUUGUAGUGCAAGAAUUUUGCUUGUAUUUAAUUGUUUGUUACAUAAUUGUGUAAAAGUGCUUCUGUAAAGGAUACUACUAUGCAGGUUAGUAAUGAAUUUGUUCUGAUUGCAUUAUUUAAUCACAACAACAAAAAUGACAGGAACCGGAGCUCAUGAGAGACUGAAAAACAAAUUUGUGGAGGAUUUAGGAUUGGAAAGUUCAAUUCCUUUAUUUUUAAUUCAAUCAAGAACAUGGCAGAAUUGGAGCUGCAUGCUAGUUCACGACGAACAGUAUUUCGAAGAAAUUUGUCCAAUCAGAGGAGAAAAAUUUUGUCUUCUUGACCGAAGGAGAAAUAAUUAAUUUGUAAGGUAUUGCGUUUUUUCCUAUUCUGAAAUAAGUUUUCUUUUGGUUUUUGUUUAGGAAGACUGCAUCUACUUCACAAGACUUUCGACCCUUACCGUUCUCGACCCUUAUUUUUGUUCUAUUGUUCUUGUUAAUGUACCUCAAUUAAUAACUUAAGUUCAAUAAAUAUUUUCAAAUACCUUUAUUAAGCAUUUUUCAUUUGCAACAAUUCUUAUUUUCCCGUUUUAUUUACAGGAUGACUUGUAUUUCUACUUUUAUAUUUUUGGGAUAGUUUUCAGUAAAAUCAGUUAAAACCGAAAUUAGAACUGAUUUUACUGAAACCUAACCUAAAUAUAAAAGUAGCAAUACAAGUCAUCCUGUAUAAAUGAACCUAAUAUAAUUAUUAGGUAAAUACAAUUGAGAGUUGAUUAAAAAUAAAUUCAGGUUGGUUUUAUAAUAAAUAUUAGUGUAUUUAUUAUUAAUCUAUCGAGUUCAUAAAAAAACCUAGAAAAGUUUGUUAAUAACCUGGUGUAGUUGUGUUGAUAUCA